AGAUCUGAAUUAAUGUUCCUUUCUUUUUUUCUAACAGGACAUCAAGUGUUACCUUAUUGACAACAACGGAUUUAUUCUGGUCACAGAGGACAACUCUCAGACGGGGCUGUUCUUUGGAGAGGUGGAGAGUGCUGUUAUGAACAAGCUGCUUCUCAUGGGCUCCUUCAAAAGGAUCACUCUGUAUGACUACCAGGCUCUCUGUAGAGAGUAUGCUGGCAGCAGUGACAGCGCACGCUCUCUAUCACAUCCCUUCUCCAUCGUGAAAUGGCUCCUGACCAAACUUGUCAUUUUCCUGCUGGAGUUCAACCUUUACAGCUGGUGGCAUGUUGAUCUCUCAGUCAAAGCCCAAAGGUCGAGGGGAAAGACCAUGAUGGUGCCAUGUGACACGGAGUACCCUGCCUUCGUUUCUGAGCGUACCAUCAAAGAGACCACGGGAAACAUCGACUGUGAGGGGUGUGUCAGAUCUUUUGUAAUUCAGCAGAUUCCCAGCAGUAAUCUCUUCAUGGUCGUCGUGGACAACAAGUGUGACUGCAGCUCUGCCCCCCUGGUUUCCAUGGAUCCCAUCGAGAUUAUGUACAAUGAGUCUCUGAAAUGUGAUAGGCUGAAGUUUCAGAAAGACAGAAAGCGGCCAGAAUCGUGUCAUCCUUUUCACCCCGAGGAGAAUGCCAUGGAGUGUGGAGGAGCAGCAGGCCUCUCUGCCCCCCUUACAGCAGCACUGCUCCCCCUACUGGCCACUCUCAUUAGCAGGUGACCACACCGCCCUCGAGGCCCACCGUCCUGGACCCAACACUGGAGAGAUUGAUAGACUGGCGCACCAUCAAAUGCUGACAACGCACAGGGAGCCUCGCCAACAAGAAGAACUUGCUCAUAACUAACUGAGUUGCGUAUUACCAACAGAGAGACCGACCAAUUGUAAAGCAUCUCCCUGACCAGCAGAGAAAUAACAAAUUAGAUGACAUUGUUCAAGAGAAACAGAACAAUAUUCCAAGGGGAAAACGAUAUGGACAUUAGACAGAAAAAAUACACCUGGGAGCAGCAAUGAACGGGUUUCACAGGAUGACAGAAAGGACACAAGAUCAGUUGGAUAACAAAGCCAGCACUCUGUGAUGUAGGAACUAUCUUCCUUUAUGUGCAGUCAGUGAAAGCAUUACCAUGUUGAUUUAAAUCUCAGUUGGUUCACUCCACAUUAGCGUUCCAAAAUACUUCAAUACACUCUCACAGCUGUAAUACGCUGACUGUGCAAGCGGCAGGACAGGAUUUUACAGAAUAAAAGAUCCACUUUUCCCUACGUUCAGACAACAUAACACAGGCAACGAUAUAUGAUUAUACAGAUAUACAAAUUACAAUAUUUGACAUAAUUUAUUUGCAUGAGACAAAGUCAACUUGAUCAAUAGUUAUUGCUCUUGUAUCAUAUGGUGGCACUGGUGACGAUGAGAUCUAUAGUGCCACCACUUGGUCUGGUGCAGCCAUCUAAGGUUGCAGUGACUUUAUAUUCACACAGCUUCUAAGGACAUACAUAAGGUUUACAUACCGCAUUUCAUUGCCCCUUGUCCAUCGGCUCAGUUCUUGU